UAUUGUCUAAUUUUUACACAAUAUUUAAUUUUUAAACUAAAUUAAUAAUUAAAAUUAAUAUUUUAUGUUUUUAUGGUGAGUUUACACAUGGAAUCUUGAGUAUUUGGUAUAAUGGAUUUGGAAGAGGGUAGGUAUAUAAAUUGGCUAGAGAAUUGGCUAAAUGAAUUUUCAGACCAUCAGUACUCUGAAUCUGAUCCUAGAGAUGACUUUACGGUGGAUUUCUCCAAAUAUUCCAGCUUACCAGAGGUUUCCCUCGAGAUUUACAACUCCAUAAAAACCACAGGACUUUCUCUAGAACAACUCAGUUCUUACAUUAAUAAACUUGGAGUUAUAAUAGCCCAAACUGACCUGAGAUCCAUUUCAACACAGCCCAGGUCGAAAAUGGCUAAAAUGUUCUCAAUUAUCUUUGAAUCUGCUGAUAUCUCCAAUGUGCUCCUGGAGAGUAUUAACGAAAAUUCUUAUGCGUACGUUUAUCUUAUGAUUAGAGUUUUGUUUGAGAUUGUUUUAUACACUGAAAGUACGCCCGUGAGAUCAUUUGCACAUGCCCAAAUUAUGAAAAAUAAACACAUCAUCAACUCUCUCAUCUCAAUCUCCUACAAUCCCUCAAUCCCAAUUAAUCCCAAAGGAGUGAACAGUGUGGCCGGUGGUAAGGUGAAUCCUAUAGGUGAGAUUGGAUACCCAAGUUCAAAUUUCAGGCAAAAUGUGUUUGAAAUUAUCUUACUUGAGAUGUUGAGUAGUACAGAUUUGAAUUUAUGUUGUACAGGAAUUCAAUUAUUAUCUUCAGUACCAACAAUCGGUGCAAAAAGUCCUCAAAUUUUAAAUUCUCUUUACUUAUUUCUAAUUGGGCCUGAUGACGAACUUUCAUAUCUCUCAGCACUUUCCUUGAGUAAUAUUUUACCCCUGAUACCAGAGGAAGUUUCAUUAAAUUUUGUCAAGGCGUGUUACAGUAACACUAUUAAAAGUGAUUACAAUGUCCAAAGAAUUAAGAAUCUUACACUUUUAACACUGGCGUGUAAGGGUUUUAAAAGUGUUUCAACAUAUUUGUAUAGAAUGAUUUGGGCUGUAUUUAUAUCUCUAGACUCUCAUAGUAAACUCAGUUACCAAGCCCAAGCAAUUAUAACUGAGCAGAAAAUUGCUCUAAUACUAGCCUCUACACUGGUUUGCAUAGAGUUUCAAAUGAAUUUAAAGAGACAUCGAGAACGAGUUGAAGGAUUAUUACAUCAAAAUCUUAACCUUUUAACACUUACAAAGUCUGAUGCGCCCAACCCUGAACAUAACAGGACUAAUCUAUUGUUCAUCAGAGGUCUAAUUUACGGCUUAUUUCUAAUCUAUUUCUCGUCAGAAGUUGAUAAAUCUAUAAUUGACAAGAUGACAGACUUGACAAAUAUUACAGUAAAUAACACCUUGAACCCUCAUAAAUAUGUUAACAUUGACAAGUUAACAGAUGGAAUUGAUCCUUUAAUUAAUAAAGAGGAUUUUUUCUCAUUUAUUUACUAUGGCACUUGUGUUAAGAUUUUAGAUUUCUUUGUUAAAUCUGGGAAUCAGACUGUUUUCUCACAGUUUUUAGAUUGUCUGAAGGAGUCACUCAAGUACAACCCAUCCAAUGUAAAUAUAAUUUUUAUGGCUAAAAAGUGUUUAAAAUACUUACAAAACCCUUGUAGCUCUUUAAUUAACUUAUUCACAGUCAUUGAACCGCAUAUCAACAGAUUAGACUCUGUCACUAGGGUUAAGUUACUGGUAACACUGGUGUCAAUAAUUGAAUAUUCGUUUCUAAUGAAUAAUGAAAAUUUUACCUCAUUUCUGUCCAAAUAUAAUGAAUCCAUAAGUAAUAAAAGUCUGAAACUUAUUAUGAGACCACUGUUACAAAUACAAAAUGUAAACUACGAGUCAAUCCUAUGUGACCAUGACAUCCUCGUCCAUCAUCUCUACAGUGCAGUAAAUAAUGAAACUUUAACUGAAUCUUACAAGACGAAGCCAAUAGUAAUGGAUUUUUUAACCCGCAAAUCAUACAUUGGAGAUACAAAUUUAACAGUAGUAAUCACUAAGCCUAAGUUCAGUUGGGGUUCAGAAUAUUCUAAAAUCCUGAAAAAACAAAUAAUUCUCAACUUUAUAGAAAAUGAGAAACAAGUUGAUUGCUGUGAUGUUUAUAGUAAUCUCUACAAAGUUGGAAUUCUCUGUUUGAGGCUUGGGUUUUAUACUGAAGCUUCUAAAAUCUUCUCCAGUCUUACCUUUGUUUCUGAAGAUCACUACUACUGGCUCAGAAUUCUAUACAACUUUUCCAACUCAUGUACUGUUAGUGUUAAGAAGUCUGAAGAUCUAAAUACUUACUUUAGUAAGUAUAUUUCCUCGGUUAAGAAUGUUUUGGGCCUGUUUAAGCUGAUGCACACUGUAAAUAAAUUGAAGUCACAGAAACAAGUUGCCAAGUGCUGGGACUAUAGUUUGAAUUAUCAUCUUCCAAACUCACUUUUACACUCUUUUGUAACCUUGAUACUGUGUACCAAGUUAGGUAUUGGUGAUCUCAUCACCACACUCAAGGAUAAGAAUUACCAAUUGAUGAAGUAUAUGAAGUUAUUUAUGUCAUUGAAGAGUUGUUUCAAGGCUUUGGAGUUUGUCUUCAGUCUAAAGUCAAUGGAGACAGUAUACUUGUUCUCAUGUUAUCAGGGAAUAAUAACCAUAAUAUUACAAGUUCUAAACUCUCUAAUUACUACUAAAUCCAAAAGUAAAGUAAAAAAUAUUAAGUAUGAGGAAGAUUAUUUCUGGGCCUAUUUACAGGAGUUUGAUCCUACGUUGGAGAAACCUGAUAUUCUAUACAUUUUAGACGUUUUUCCCCCGAAACGAAAGAGAACACUCCUGACUAAUUUAUUUACUAGUCAGAAAUUAACACCAAAAUCCACUCCAUCCCACAGCAAUACAAGGGGAAAUGUGGCAGUAAACACAAAUUUAUUUAAGAUGAAUUACUCGUGUGAGAAUAUACAAAUGAGUUUGGAAACUGUUUGGCUAGAUUUAGUUGGAAGUUUAAAAUUAACUUCUAAAGACUCUAAAAUACACCUGUUCCACAGAGAUGUUCCCACCUUCACAAAUAUAUACAAACUACUACAACCUCUCUCUCAAAGCUAUUCGGACGCGAAGUUUAUUGCGUUUUUGGAGAGCAUAAUUUUCUCUGAAAUUCCAACUCCAAUAGGAGUUUUAAAGGCAUUUCCACUUCCAUACGCUUCAAUUACAGCUACUCUCCUGGCACAAACAAGAGGAGAAUUGGAACUUCAAACUGUUAAAAUUCAAGGCGAUAUCAAGAACUCUAACGAUAAGAGGAUAACACAUGUUUCAAUACUAAUGAUAUUUCCAUCUCUAGAAACCAGUGGUAAAUUCUUGAAGAGUGUGGAGGUGAUGGAGAAUACAGUGUCAGCAACGGUGUUGGUAAGGGUAAGUCAGGAAACGUUCAUGAAUGGCACACUGGUAUCAGUGCCAACGGAUACUAAAAUGAUACCAAGAGGUGUUCCAUGUCCAGUUCUACUAACGCAGAAAAUGGUUUAACAAAAUUUCUAAAAUUUAAAAAAAUUUUAAAAUAUAUUGUGACAACGUUGUGUAAGGCUAAAUUUGGGAAAAUCAGUUUAAUAAAAUAAUUUUUGUACCAUAGUCA